ACCGCCCGUAAUUGAAAAGAAGAAGAAUCGGCGCUCGUCGCUAUAAUGACUGUGUUUUGCUAAUCGAAAGGUCUGUUUGUUUCUUUUGAAAUGAGUAAGAAGGAGAAGAGCGGCGUGUCGUGGGUGAAACCAGCAGAACCUUCGUUUCUGAAGAAGUUUAAAAGUGAUGUCGGGUACAAAGAAGGACCCACUGUUGAUUCGAAGUGCCAGGUGCUGCCAGCUUUGGACGAUGACAGCGGGAGUGACCGUGAGGACGAGUUACCUCAAGUCGUGGUUCUGCAAAGUGGUGACCUGACUGCGGACGAAGUCAAGCAGAUCAAAGAAAAACUGAGUAGUGGAGCCGCUACAGACAAAGGUGGCAAAUCUCCAGCGGAUGGUAAAAUCCUUUUCAAGAAACCAGAGAAGCGCUCAUCCUCAGACAGAUUCCAGGGAAUCACAGCGAGCUCCAGCAAGAAGAAGAAGAGCGACGAGCAGGUGGAAAAGGAGGCGACACCUGUAAAGAAAAUAAAAAACAGCCUCUUGUCGUUUGGAGGGGACGAGGAGGAAGAAGAGGACUAACGAUGAACGUCACCACGAGUCCGAGUCGGAUUCAUUACGGAUCCGUGGAAUCGGAAUAAAGACACUGAACUGCCAUCAGCCACUGUAACUCCACUCAGGAGGUCAUGUGAUCGAUCGCCAGCAUGUAUCAGAAGAG